GACAUGAAAAGCUGCCAACCGUGCGGGUGCUCUCGGACGGAUGUAUUCCUGUCUAUGCAGAUGUGUCUGGCCAGAUCCUACCUGGAGAUGUGAAUCGAAAUUAUGAGUCUCGUUGCAGACAAGCAGUUCGUGAAGUGAGCGCAGUGAAAUGAGAGCGCUCUUGCCUGGAAAUGGAGGAAGACAUGUACCACUGGCUCCUUCCAUCACGGAGCAUUACGGCCGCCUCUUCUCUGUUCGUUAGACCUUCGUCCCUCUUAUUCUCAACAUCACUCGUUUUACUCUUCGACCACUUACUUUCCUCAUUAAGACCAUUUUAACGGGAUCAUGAAAGCCAUGCAGUUACUAUCUACGGCCUUCGUGGCGGCAUGCUUCUUCCUUCAUUCUUACGCUGCGGAUGUUGAUCCUAUUGUGAUUAAGGGGAAACACUUCUUCUAUAAGACGAACGGUACUGAGUUCUUCAUCAAAGGACUGGCCUAUCAAUCAAACACGCCAAGUGACUCGGGUCAGAGCUAUGUCGACCCCCUGACAGAUGUAGCGGGAUGUCGUCGGGAUAUCCCUUAUCUCAGGGAGCUGAGCACCAAUGUCAUCCGUGUAUACGCGAUUGACCCUGAUGGGGACCAUAGCGAAUGUAUGCAAAUGCUCGCAGAUGCGGGUAUCUACGUGUUCGCAGAUCUGUCCGAGCCUUCUCAGUCCAUCGUUCGAUCUCACCCGCAAUGGAAUAUCGAACUCUAUACGCGUUACACGUCUGUCGUGGAUGCACUGGCCAAAUACACAAACGUGAUCGGAUUCUUCGCAGGUAAUGAAGUGACCAACAAUAUGUCUUAUACCCCUGCGAGUGCCUUCGUCAAAGCUGCGGUACGCGACACAAAGAGCUAUAUCUACGAGAAAGGUUAUCGAGAUAUUCCAGUUGGAUAUGCCGCGGAUGACGAUGCUGAGCUGCGCGGAAUAAUCACUCAGUACUUCGACUGUGGCACAGACGCUGAAAGAGUUGAUUUUUGGGGUCUGAAUAUCUACGAAUGGUGCGGCAAUUCUUCGUUCCAGUCCUCUGGCUAUGCCGACCGCACGAAGGAGUUCGAAGCUUUCAACAUCCCAGCCUUCUUCUCUGAGUACGGCUGCAAUACGAUCAGACCGCGAGAGUUCAAAGAAGCAGAGGCUCUCUUUGGCCCUCAGAUGACAAAAGUUUGGUCGGGAGGGAUUGUCUACAUGUUUCAGCAGGAAGAUAACAAUUAUGGGGUCGUUUCAAUCGAGGGUGACACGAUACACACACUUACAGACUUCCCUUACCUCUCCAGCCAGAUGGCCAAGGCAAAGCCGACGGGGACCAAUAUGGCCCAAUACACUCCAACUGUGACUGCAAAUGCUGCUUGUCCUACGGUGAAUACUACCUGGCAGGCUGGUACAGUCCUACCGCCGACACCCAAUAAGGAGCUCUGUAGCUGCAUGGCAGAGUCUGUAACGUGUCGACCCAAAGCGGGCCUCUCAGGGAAAGACGUCGGCAACCUUCUAGGUAUUGUAUGCGGCCUGUCCGAGAAAGCGUGCACUGGAAUCAGCGGCAAUGCGGCCACAGGAACUUUCGGCUCCUUCUCGAUGUGCGAUGCUGACGAUCAACUCGCCUGGGCUUUGAAUGCCUACUACUUAGAACAGAAGAAAGCCGGCAACGGCGCCUCUGCCUGCGACUUCAAGGGGUCUGCUACCAGCAGCAGUGCCCAGAAGCCUACCGGCACCUGCGCAGCUCUUCUGAGUGCAGCUGGCAGCUUUGGCACCGGUACUGUAACCGAUGAAGAGACAGGAUCGGGACGUAGCAAGCCAUCCAAGGGAGUAGCUGCAUCCAGCUUGUAUGCAUCGCAGACGAUUACGAUCCCGAGCGUGGCGCAGAUUGGACUAUACCUGCUCUGUGCGUUUGGCGCUGGUAUGGGAAUGGUGUUGAUGUAGAGCAGAUGGAAGAGAUGUCACUGGACUAUCUUUGGUCAGAAGGAUGGACGAGGGGAUUGUUGUGAUGACGGGUUCAUCCAAGUUGGUUGAAUUGUCAUUCAUUCACUCAUUCGGUUACAGUGUAUAUGAGAUAUGGACUCUGCAUUACUUGGUAGCAAUGAAAUUCAUAUGAUAUUUUGAAGUUUCCUGAAUUCUCUGUCAGCCUUAGAUAUCUGGAUACUGGACGAUGGGCGUAUGAAAGCGCGUCGGCUUAUCUUUGAGGUUGCGGGGGCGCUUGCAUUGGCCCUGGUCCGUGUCAAGUGACAGGGGGUGGUUGAGAGAUAAAGAGAUGGUAUAAAUCCUGUCG